GCGGCCGAAGCGACGAACCCUCUGUCCUCGCGGCGUAGCGUCGCCCCACCACAUCCAGUCGUACCGCGAGUGUCGCUCCGUGCGUUACGUAUGUGCGUAGUCCCGUGCGUAGUCCCGUGCGUUUCUCCCUCGUAACGACGACGCGUGAGACGAGGGCCGGGAAUACGAAAACACGUUCGUUUGUUCGUUUGUAUCGCGGGGCGCUCGUCGGCGUCUCGUUCUCUCGCUUCCUGUCUCUCUCUCUUUUUUCUUGUCUCUGAAGUUUGUCCCUCGUCGAAGCUUUCCUCGGGAAGCGUCGCCGGACAAGUUUGGCGCCGUCGGUGGACGGCGGCGCGUUUUCCCUCCGUUCGACUUGUACCGCGAAGAAAGGAAAGAGCGACGGCAAGCUAGGGGAGCGUAUGUCGCGUUCGUGUUUCACGAAGUGUGCAAAGUGCGCGAGUCGACGAAAAGGCGAGAGCGCGACGACACCGGCAACGAUCGUACCGUACUGAACGUUGCCGCUGAAGCGCGUGUCAGUUUCAAGUCGGGACAGGUUCAGGCUCCUCGAUCCGAGAUCGUGUCGUUGCACGUCGCGAGUAGUCGAAAUCGAAGGCAUCGAGGUCCCGUGCGAUUUAUAUCCGUCGACUUUUAACGGACUGGUGACUGGCCGCGAGGAUCGCGGAAACGCGCGAGCGGCAAACGGAAGCAAGUGGGGGAGGGGGCGCGAUAACGGGGCGAGCGGUCGCGCGAACAUGCAUUCCAGAUGGACGAUGACGUCGCGACGUCUGUAACGGUCUCGCCGCCGUCAGGUAUCUCUUAUUGUUGUUAUUAUCAUUAUUAUUGUUAUUGUCACCGUAUUAUCACAUCCUUCAUCUACGCGAAUUCGCCGCCGCGCGGGUUAUGACGCGCCGCGCCGCUUAGGGACGCUUCUCAAGCGCGUACCUAGGGAGAUUCGCGAGUGCGUGUGCGUGCGUGCGUGCGUGUGUGCGCGCGCGACAACGACGAUGAAGACCGACCCAUCGGCCGAAUCCUGGUCGUCGGUCCCAGGCAAAGGAUCGUCGUCCUGUCUGGAGGCGUCGAUGCCGCGAAAGUUUCGCGAUGAGGCCCGACGCGCGGGGACCGCGGGCCUCAAUUGGGCGAUGUGUGCCCUCUGCCUGGCCAGCCUCACCAUGUCCGGCGUGCUCUUGUACCGCGAGCUUGGUCUCGAGUCCAGGAUCGCGAGUCUGGAGGCACACUGCCUGCGCGUCGAGGAGUCAUCGUCGCCGGUGGACGUCUUAGUGCAGAGGCUCAGGUCGGAGGUGCAGGAGCAGCUGCGACAGACGCAACAAAUCGCCCCAGCUGAGGUCUUCAGGCCCAAGCGCGAGGUCUCCGAUGCGCGAUGCAACUGUCCCGCAGGUCCACCCGGUGAGCCAGGUCCACCCGGAAAGAGGGGCAAGAGAGGAAAGAAGGGCGAUCCUGGGGAACCCGGUGCACCGGGUGUGGCCGGGACGCCGGGCAAGAACGGUUUUCCGGGACCCAUCGGCUUGGACGGACCCAAAGGUGACCCGGGUCGACCCGGUGACAAAGGGCAGAAGGGUGAGCUGGGCAGCCCCGGAUUCGACGUCUUGUCCGCAGUAAAGGUCAAUGCACAGGGAUUGGGGUUAAAGAGGUCGGUGACGACGCUCCGCGGCGGGACGCUCGGCUACGCGGAAAUCGUCGCCCUCAAGGGAGAGCCGGGUGAACCCGGACCGCCGGGACCACCUGGUCCGCCAGGAGCCGAGGGUCUUCCCGGACACGAGGGCAGACAAGGGAUUCCGGGCGACGUCGGCGCGCCGGGAGAAAAGGGCCCGCCCGGGCCAAUCGGGCCUGUUGGUCCGCCGGGCACGCCAGGACUUGUAGGUCCUAAGGGUGACAAGGGUGAUAAAGGCGAUCGAGGCUACACGACGACCUUGAAGGGUGACCAGUUCGCAAGUCCAGUAUUCGAGGGCCCACCUGGUCCACCAGGACCGCCUGGGCCCCAGGGCGAGAAAGGAGAAUUGGGCCCGACGGGACCGCCCGGUCUGCCCGGCGAGAAGGGUGCUCGGGGAAAGCCAGGGAAGAGGGGUUUCAAGGGUGAGAGCGGUGUGACAUUGGCGAGGGGUGUUCUCGGCCUUCCGGGUCCGAAGGGUGAGCCCGGCGAAAGGGGCAGCAAGGGAGACGCGGGUUUAUCAGGGCCCAAGGGAGAGGCGGGACAGCAGGGCUUGCCGGGGCUCAACGGAACCGACGGCGAUCCCGGUAUUCAAGGACCCCCAGGAUUACCGGGAAUAUCCGGACCCAAAGGUGAAAAGGGUGAUUAUGGCGACAUCGGUCCUCCAGGUCUUAUGGGACCUCCGGGUCUACCCGGUCCGCCGGGCUAUCCUGGGAUGAAGGGCGAAAAGGGAGAGAAAGGCGAAUCGAAGUACAAAAAGCUUAGGCGAAGACAGGGAGAUGGCACGUUUGAGAUGAAUGCCGGGGAAGUGAUAAUGGGUCCACCUGGACCUCCAGGACCCGCUGGUACUCCCGGACUGCAGGGUCCACCCGGCAUCAAGGGUGACAGAGGACACGACGGCGCCAAGGGCGAUUCUGGAGAGAAGGGUGCCAAAGGAGAUCCUGGUCCGAUGGGACUACCCGGCCCCAUGGGACUGAGGGGAGAGUCCGGAAAGCCCGGGGAUUCCGGGAAACCUGGCGCCAUGGGACCACCAGGAUUAGACGGCAUGAAGGGUGCGCAGGGCGAGCCAGGAACGAAGGGCGAAAGGGGAGAUCCGGGAUUGCCUGGUACCGAUGGGAUUCCCGGCGCGGAGGGACCGAAGGGAGAGAAAGGUGCCAAAGGCGAAUCUGGGCCGCCGGGUAAACGCGGCAGGAAGGGCGACAAAGGCAACAAGGGGGAUCAGGGUGUUCCAGGAUUGGACGCGCCAUGUCCGUUGGGACAGGAUGGACUUCCCUUACCGGGCUGCGGCUGGAGACCACCGAAGCAGGAUAUUACGAGCACGUCCACGCCAGCGAUCGAGGGUCCUGAACCCGCGGAGACGGAUUACGAGGAGCCGGAGGACGAAUACGAGGAGUACACGGACCCGAAUGGGAACCUAGCUGAGCAAUAAUGCUCGUUUUUGUGCGCUGCCCUAAUCACUACCGACAACCAUCACCAACACCAAUACCAUCACUACGACCGCCACCCUCAUCACUCGUCUCACCCCGUUCUCCCAAACUAACGUGGUCCUGCCAAGGAGCAACAUUCUGCGCCAAUGGCUGGAAGAGGAGGAGGAGGAGGAGGAGGAGCAGGUGCACGAGCGGCAGUGAUGUUGCAAGGACAAUAGCGCAUUUUUUUCAUAAGGACUUCUGUAUAUCCUCCUGUUCCCGCCUCCGUCUCGUUACGGCGACCGCGUUAAAAAAAAAGAAAUAUAUAUAUUAUAUAUAUACACCAAAAUAAUCAUCUUGCCAUCGAGUGUUGUAAAUAUGUGUACUUACAAGUGUCUAGCGUCCGCAGUGCGUGUACAUAAUUAGAGCUUGCUGCGAAUCUACGUAUCCCGUUCGUACGGAUUGACGUCGUCGGGAUUCAUACGGUUUAUUUGUCUAGAAACGUCACACACACACACGAUGGUCGAUCCGCGCGAUCGAUACUUCCGGUUUCAAGUGCGCAGCUCGCUCGCCCGCGCGAGAAGACGGGAUAAAUUCGAUCCCGGUACGGAGAGAUAUUGGAGUAAGCGGACAAAGGUAAUCCCGGAAAAUUAAAGUGAAGUGCGCGAAGGACAUUUCGUGGUCGAGCAUGAUGGUGCGAUGGUUCGGGAGGCAACGCAUUCGCUUACCUCCGACCCGACGUCUCCAUGCGAACGAAAUGAAUUCAACGGGCCGAAGGAUAUUCACCGCGGAUUUGAGCGAGCGAUUUGACGAAGAAGGAUAAAGGAGUUGCAAUGCGCCGAAGAAUUAGCUCCUAGUCGCGGCCUGAAGCAAUGUUUCGAAAGUUUUUUUAUUCUCCUUAUAUAUCCUAUCGUAUAUGUACAGAUAUCCUUGAGAGUCUCUUAUAAAAUUUAUGCGUUCUUCAACAUUUUUGCGCUUUUAAUCAGGUCGCCUCUUAUAGCUAAUUUUCAGCGAGAAGACGUACGCUAAUCCGUACCUGUGAAAAGAAACGAUCUUCGCCGUAACUGAACCAUAAACUCGCGAAGAGAGAGACACUUUUUGAUACGAUUAGUUGAUUAGCGGCGCGCCAAAUCCGCGUUAUUCCCGUCUAGAUUAUAUAGACUCGUACUACGCUAGUUGCGCAAAGAGAGAAAAGUACGAUUGUAUACACUUUGGCGAUACUUGCGAGGUAUCGUGAAAUAAAUCAGUAGAUAAAGUGUA